UAUAAAAGAAGUCUAAUUCCUUAUCUUGAUCAUCAGAUAAUUACAUUGUCUGAUUUAGAAUGUGAUUACAUUAAUGCUAGAUCAUGUUGCUCGAAAUUAAACAAGUGGGUGAUUCCGGAAUUGAUUGGCCACACCAUCGUCACCGUGUUAAUGCUCAUAUCACUGCACUGGUUCAUAUUCCUUCUCAACUUGCCAGUUGCUACUUGGAAUAUAUAUCGGUUCAUUAUGGUGCCAAGUGGUAACAUGGGAGUGUUCGAUCCAACAGAAAUACACAAUCGAGGGCAGCUGAAGUCACACAUGAAAGAAGCCAUGAUCAAGCUUGGUUUCCACUUGCUCUGUUUUUUCAUGUAUCUUUAUAGUAUGAUUUUAGCUUUGAUAAAUGACUGAAACUGGAGAAGCCGUGUUUGAAGUCACUACAGCGCGCAGUUGAGGACCCAGAGACUCCUUCAAUCAUCUUUAGAACCAUAACCAUAGCAGUAUAUUUUUUCCUCUUUGAACAAAAAAAGUAUUUUUGCUGUAUUUUUACCAUAUAAAGUAUUUAAAAAACAUGACUUGAGUUUUUGUAGAUUUCUGGUUCUCAACUUUAGCCUGAACCACAACCUGUGAGGGCGUCUCUCAUCAUCUGUAUGCUGAAGACAGUUUGUCACUGGUGUGUAGGAGCAGGCUUGCCGUUCCAGCCCUGUGUGCCUGAGAAGCGAAGGACGCACUGUAAAUAAGGGAAAACUUAGGGGAUGAGCAGAGCUGCUCCUCAAGCCGAGUACACAACUACACUGCUGACCUGAGCAGAGGGAGAAAGUAACCUUUUGCCUAUAUUGUGGCAGCUUCAUGUAUUUCACAUAAAGAUUUAUGGGACUGUCAGCUACAAGUCUUUUCAUGAGAAUGUUAACAGAAAAUGACAUUUCAAAAAUUAUAUAUUUCCUUGCAGAAUUUGUGAAACAUAAGCCAUUUGCCCAGGUACAAUGUAACUCCUGCUUAUAGAAAGGAAAAUAAAUUUUUUUUAAAAACCCAAA